CCAAACUUAUCCCAUUCUAUUAAAGGCCUCAUUUCCACGAAACUCACUUCAUAUAGGGGCUGCUGGACCUAUAAAACACAAGUCCUUCCCUCUUGAUCUAGCAUCAUAUCUACAUUCACUACUUUGAUUCCCUGAGGUUUCUGCAAUCUACAAAAUUCACUAUGGGAAUCACAACCUUUACACAGGAAUACUCCUCCUCUGUUGCCCCAUCACGCAUGUUCAAGGCCUUGAUUGUAGACUCCAGAAAUUUGCUUCCAAAGCUCUUACCUCAGUUUGUAAAAGAUGUGAAUGUAAUCCAGGGUGAUGGUGAAGCUGGAAGCAUUGAACAAGUUAACUUCAAUGAAGAUAACCCCUUCAAAUAUCUGAAACACAGGAUAGAUGUGCUUGAUAAGGACAACUUGGUUUGCAAAUACACUAUGAUUGAAGGGGAUCCAUUGGGUGACAAGCUUGAGUCUAUAGGUUAUGAGGUGAAGUUUGAGGCUACUAGUGAUGGAGGUUGCCUCUGCAAAAUGACAAGCAAUUACAAUACCAUUGGAGAGUUUGAUGUUAAAGAGGAAGAGGUAAAGGAAGGAAGGGAAAGUGGUAUUGCAGUUUACAGAGUUGUGGAGUCAUACCUGCUAGAGAACCCACAAGUGUAUGCUUAAUCAUCUAUUUAUUUAUUGUGUCAUGUAUCAUAAGAUAUACAAACAUAUUCAAAUUUUUAAUAGCAGUGUGCAACCAAAUAUAGGGUUGUUUAGAAUGGUUGCAAAGACUUGAAUUCCUUAAUAAGUCCUUAUUGUAUGAACAGCAAAAAAAUGGCGAGUGGUUUGGCAAAAAUAUUUGUAUUUUGGUAGUAACAAAGAGUCCAAGAGUAGUUUUUUUUACCUUUACUUCAUGAAUUCCAAUGUACUUAAACAAAGAAGCAACAAUUCAUUUCUGUGUAAA